CUGUGAAAAUGUGCCCGUGUUUCGCAAAUUUUGACGUUCUUUUGAUGAUUCAUAUUAUCUAUUGAUGUAUAUGGAUGCUGACUGUUUUGAUUUGAGUAUGUUACACAAACGUCAUGUGCGUUUGAUUUGUGUUGACGUUUGGCUGAGUUGAACUGCAGGCGAGACAACAAUCGUGCCUGAGGAGCAUGGCAGUAAAUCAUGUUUUAUAUGUACAUGUGAUUCACUCUUAAAAUUAAUGUUAAGUCGUUUAACAAACGAGAUCGUAACCAGCGGCUAAUGAACUGGAAGUCUCACCCAUAGGCUUUUUUCCACAUUGAAGAAAAAGAAGGAUGAAUUACGCUCGCUUUCUGACAGCUGUGAGCGCGGCUAGAAAACCUUCACCUAUUCGCAUACUGACGGAGCUUCAGCAGCGAUCUCCUCCGUCUCUGAUCUCUCUGGCCGGUGGAGCUCCCAAUCCCAACACCUUCCCGUUCCAGUCGGCCAGCAUUAAAGUGAAGGGAGGAGAUGCGGUGGUGCUGGACGAGACGCUGAUGAAGAGAGCGCUGCAGUACUCCGGCUCAUCCGGUAUUCCUGAGCUGAUCUCCUGGAUGAAGGAUUUUCAGAAAAACCUCCACAAUCCUCCCACCGCCGGCUACAGUCCAGAGAGAGGACAGAUGGAGAUGUGUGUCACCACCGGCAGUCAGGAGGGGCUCUGCAAAAUAUUUGAGAUGCUGGUCAGUUCUGGAGACAACGUCCUUCUCGACGCUCCCACGUACUCAGGAACGCUGGCAGCCCUGCAGCCGCUGGGCUGUAACAUCAUUAAUGUGCCGAGCGACCAGCACGGCAUGAUCCCUGCAGACCUGAGGAAGGUUCUGGCGCGGUGGGAUCCGGCAGAUGCACAGAAAGCAGGAAGCACCGUCCCGAGAGUCCUGUACACCAUCCCGAACGGAGGCAAUCCCACCGGAGCGUCCAUGACCUAUGAGAGGAAACAAGAAGUCUAUGAGCUCGCCAGGAAGUAUGAUAUGCUUAUCAUUGAAGACGACCCGUAUUAUUUCCUGCAAUUUCAAAAACCGUGGGCGCCAACAUUUCUGUCCCUAGACGUAGACGGACGCGUCCUCCGAACGGAUUCCUUCUCUAAGAUCCUGUCAUCAGGGUUACGGAUAGGUUUCGUCACUGGCCCGAAGCCGCUGGUGGAUCGAGUGGUGCUGCACGUCCAGGCCUCUACGAUGCACACCAGCACCUUCACACAGCUCAUUGUCUCUCAGCUGCUCCAUAACUGGGGUCAAGAAGGUUUUUUCAAGCACAUUGACGGGGUGAUUGAGUUUUACAGAUCUCAGAGAAACGCCAUGCUCUCCUCAGCAGACAAAUGGCUAAAAGAUGUAGCUGAAUGGCAUCCUCCCAUGGCCGGCAUGUUCCUGUGGAUUAAACUCAAGGGCAUCAAAGACACACAGCAGCUGAUAAUGGAGAAGGCGCUAGAGAAAGAGGUUCUUCUGGUUCCUGGAGGAGUGUUUAACAUCAACAGCUCAGAUCCGUGUCCGUAUGUUAGAGCUGCUUUUUCUCUCUCAACACCUCAGCAGAUUGAUGAGGCUUUUAGGAGACUGGCUGAUCUUAUCAAGGACGCCAUGUGAGCGGCUCAUGUCCACGAAGAGGAAUCAAGGGUCUGAUAUUUUCAGUGUUCAGUAUCAUCUAUUAAAUGCUGCUGUCACUUCCACAUAGACAGAAUGUCCCACCUUGUUUGCACAAUGAACCCAUACUUUCACGUCAGGUGAACAAACUUGAGAUGAUGUUUAAUGACACUAUUUUGAUUCUUUAUUUAGGGCCUACUAAAGGAAUGUAUUGUUUACUGAAGUUAGUUUACAGUGCAAUUGCAGCUGCUCUCUACAGCGAGACGUUUUAUGUGAUUUUAAAACUGGUUUAAUGUUUAAAAUGUUUAACCAUUUUCAAGGUCAGGGUCAAGUGGAUGUAUUUUAUCACAAGUAGUCCGUUAUAUUAAAACUUCAUGGUGAAUUGUAAAGGUUAAAGCUGUUGAUUUCUGUCUUCCUUAAUGGACGGUGACCUGUAAUAUGACUAGUUAGCUGCUGUUAACUUGAGCUGAUUUGAGCACAAACAAGUAGUAAAUGUACUGAUAUGUUGCACGUAGAAUCUUUUAAAAUGACAUUUGACUGAUGGACUCUUAUCACAGACUGUAAAGACUCAUUUCUCCAAUAAAUUAAAUCCAUCUCUGUUUUUUUCAUAUUAA